CUCACGCGCGUCGAGGCCUUCUAGAAGCGCUGACGAUCCCUCGCUGGCGCCCCAUUUUCGGACCGCUUGUCUCAAUUGCUCUGCCCAGCUCGCCGGUUUGCGCAUCGCCAGCUCGAGCCUCGAGGCCUCAGCCGGAACGAGUAUCCGCAGACAUCGGAGCAGACGAAUCGGAGGCGACGCCGCGGAGCUGCUCGAGCGCUGAUUAGGCAGUCCCCGGGCCUCCCUUGCGCUACAGCCUCUCGCACGAGGCUGCAUGUCCUCGACAGCGGGCACAGAGCCCAGCUUAACCAAUGGCGACGCCAGGAUUGACAAGGACGAGGUAGACGACGAGCCAGAGACGCCGACAACCGCCGUAAGCCGCUACCGAAGCUUCGAGACUAUCAAUGUUGACAACACAGAAGAGCCUCCCAACGAUAGCAACGGGCACCCAGUAGCUCCAGCGAACCACGAGCCCCUCGAAGACCAUGCGCAUGAGCAACGGCCCGACGGCGAUUCCGACACAUCGGCCAAGCUGGAGGCCAUGGGCAAGGAGCGAGAGGCUCUCCGGGCUGAGGUCGAGCAGCUGCGGAAACAACUGGAGAGCAUCCAGGAAAACCACCAGGCCGAAGUGUCGCAGCUGCAGUCGGAGCUGGAAGACAGCAAUGCCGCAAGAGAAACCGCCGAGGAGCAGUACCAGACACUGCUCGGGCGCGUCGAGAAGAUCAAAGAGACGCUGAGCGACAGGCUGAAGCGGGACAAGGCCGAGCUGGAGGAGGCAAAGGAGUACAUCGAACAGCUCGAGGCGCAAAACGAGGAGCUCCGAAACGCAGCAGAGGCGACCAACGAAAACGUGGCGAAGCUCAGGGAAGAGCUCCAGGAUGCCACGCGAGAACUGACCACACUUCGAAGUCGCAACAACUUGUCUGCGAACAAUUGGGGGAAGGAAAGGGAAGAGCUCAUGAGGACGAUCCAGCAUCUCAAGGAGGAGAUGGAGAACACCUCCAAUGCCAUGGGCGAGUGGGAGGUCAUCGCCAUGGAAGAGCGCUCCAUCAAGGAGAAUCUCAACGACAAGGUCAACGAACUGGAAGAGGAGCUCGCCGGGUUAAGAGAAGGAUACGAGGCGGCCGUCGCCGAGCGCGAUAGCCAGGCAACAUUAAUCGACAAUUUGCAGAACGCUCUACGAGAGAUCCAAGACGCCCGGAAGAAGGAGCUUCGCGACCUGGUCGAAACAAGCGAAGCCCAGCUCCAGGAGCAAAAGAAGCUGGUGCAGGAAGCCGUCGCGAAAGCCACAGAAGCGCAGGCAGCCAAAGAGGAGCUUGUCAAGGAGCUCGAGCGCACGGCGCCAUUUGAGAAGGAAGUGAAGGAGAAGAACCUCCUCAUCGGCAAGCUGCGGCAUGAAGCCAUCGUGCUGAACGACCACCUCACCAAGGCCCUGCGGUAUCUCAAGAAGACAAAGCCAGAGGAUAACGUUGACAGACAAGUCAUCACGAACCACCUCCUCCAUUUCCUCACGCUAGACCGAGGCGACGCGAAGCGCUUCCAGGUCCUCCAGGUCAUGGCCGGCUAUCUCAACUGGACCGACGAGCAGCGCGAACAAGCUGGCCUUGCUCGACCCGGCGGAUCCAGCAACAGCCUGCGCCUCCCUCUCUCGCCCUUCCAGCGCACUCCCAGCUCGCCAUCCCUCAGCGCCGACAUCUUCUCCGAGCCUUCGUCUGCGAGAGACAGGGAAUCCCUAGCCGAGCUCUGGGCAGGCUUCCUGGAGCGCAGCGCUCAGGAGGGCACCAGCGACGGCCCGUCAAGAAAGGGGAGCACGAGCAGCGUGGCGACGGGCGCGGGGGCUGCAAUAGGCCGGCCUGAAUCCAGGGCGUGAUGUAU